AAUGUACAAAGUCACUACCACAGCCAUAAGCAAUAUCGUUCAUUUGCUUACCGCACCAAAAGAGUAGCAGAGAUAUAUUGACAAAGAUGGGUGCGUGGUUAAGAAAUGCAAAGCCAUAUCUACUACUCUUGGCUGUUCAAUUUGGUUCUGCAGGUAUGUUCAUUUUUGCCAUGGAUGCUAUCAAGAAAGGAAUGAGCCAUUACGUCUUCAUCGUCUACCGGAAUGCCAUCGCCGCCGUAACUUUAGCUCCUUUCGCAUUUCAUCUAGAAAGGAAAAUUAGGCCAAAGAUGAGUGUCCGUGUAUUUUCUGAGAUUAUGGCACUGGCUUUCUUUGAAAUAAUACUUGAUCAAUGUUUUGCCCUGUUGGGAAUGAAAUUAACGUCUGCAUCGUUCCUGUCUGCUGUAAUGAACUCUGCGCCGUCCAUUACUUUUGUUUUGGCCGUCAUUCUAAAAUUGGAGCACAUGAAGAUUAAGGAGAGAGCAUGUCAAGCAAAAAUAAUUGGCACUGUAGUAACCUUUGGAGGAACAUUGCUAAUGGCAUUGUACAAAGGUCCUGUUGUUAGUGUUGUGAGGUCAUCCAUUAGUCAUGUUACCCGCCAGCCUGUGAAUGACUCCACUGGUGGUAACGACCGGUGGAUCAUAGGGACAUGUUUCCUCCUCAUUGGUUGUGCCGGCUUUUCUGCCUUUUACAUAUUACAGGCCAUAACGUUGAGAAAGUAUCCGGCACCAAUGUCUUUGGCUACUUGGGUUUGUUUCGUUGGUGCAAUUCAAAGCUUUGUGGUCGCAUUUUUCGCUGAGCGACACAACUCUCAUGCUUGGUAUCUUGGUUGGGAUACACGACUCUUUGCACCCGCUUAUGCGGGGAUAGUUACAUCAGGAGUCCAGUAUUACAUACAAGGUAUGGUCAUCAAAAGUAUGGGACCUGUUAUUGUAACUGCUUUUAAUCCCGUCCGUAUGAUCAUUGUAACCGCCUUGGCGUGCAUCAUCCUCUCCGAGCAACUCUUCCUCGGAAGUAUUAUUGGAGCAAUUGUGGUGGUUCUUGGGCUUUAUCUAGUUGUGUGGGGAAAAUCUAAAGAAUACAAAGCUAGGAAUAAUAUGCAACAAUCACGUACAAAGGAGUCAACAUUGCAAGAUCAACAACAGCUACCAGUGACAGCUCCUCCUAAAAAUGAAAGUAGUGAUAAUAAAGCUCAAAUUGUCAUUCAUAAUGAAGAAAAAUGUCACGGUUGUGACCAAAAUUAAAUGGGCCUUGGCUUUUUUUAAAGUGGCCAUUAAUUAGAGUUACCAUUUUGAUUCAGAUCAUGACACUGAUCUAAGCCCAAUUUCAUGCCUAUGUUACACGUAAAAGGAAAUUGGCCACUUGGCAUGGAGCACUAACUGCUCAUUUAAUUAGCGGUCACUUGGUUGAAUUAUGAGUAUAUUCAUUGAAGUGCUUUUGAAAGAAGGAAAACAGUGUAUCAUCCAUUUUGUGGUUUGAGAUUCUAUAAUUGUAAAAGUAAAUCAUAAUUUUACA